AUGGACGCGAACAAACCAGCGACCGAAUGCGCGGCUGAGCCCCACCGCUCUUCGCUUGAGGAGCAACUUGCUUCUGAGUCGAUAUCAGGUCACGACCAUACAAGUGACGGAUCACCUCCAACCGCGCCAGAAGUUUUGUCUGAGAAUCCAGCUGGAAAUGGUCCUUUGGAACAGGGCGAGGAUAUGGUGGCUGGUGAGGCUCCGUACAGUGUCCUCCCACACGCGGAGAAAGCCUUUGUGAUCGUCGUUGGGUCUUUCGCGGCUCUAAUUUCCCCGCUGUCGAGUAGCAUCUAUCUGCCAUCGCUGGACUCUCUCGCACGGGAUAUGGAUGUGUCAGUCUCUCUGAUCAAUCUUACCAUCACGACUUACUUGAUCUUCCAGGGACUAGGACCAUCCUUUGUUGGGAGCUUCUCCGAUGGCCAUGGUCGGCGCCCCGCAUACAUUAUAGCCUUUGUUCUUUACCUCGGGGCUAAUAUUGGCCUUGCGCUUCAGAACAGCUAUCCGGCCCUGAUGGUCUUGCGCUGUCUCCAAUCAGCCGGGAGUAGUGGGACUAUUGCUCUCGGCAGUGCCGUAGUGGCUGACCUGACGACACGAGCGGAGCGGGGUAAAUACAUUGGAUAUUCUAGCAUGGGAAUUUCCCUGGGCCCCGCUCUCGGGCCAAUCAUUGGAGGGUUGUUGAAUCAUUUCUUGGGAUGGAGGUCCAUCUUCUGGUUCCUCGUUAUUCUCUCCGGAGUCUGUUUCAUCGUCGUCCUCAUCGUUUUGCCCGAAACCUGCAGGGCUGUGGUCGGCAACGGGUCCGUCCUUCCACCCUUGUGGAACCGACCCCUUUGGACCCUGGUGGCACCUAAAUCAAGAUUUCGGGAAGAUGGAAAGUCCCAGGAAUCCCAGGACCUGACCACCAUCCAGAAACCCAAGCGACGACCGAAUCCAAUCUCCUCGCUACUCAUUCUCGCUCAGAAGGAAGCUGGCCUGAUCUUGCUCUACGGUGGCCUGCUGUUCUCGGGAUACAUGGCUGUGCUGAGUACGCUAUCGACCCAGCUGAGCAGUCGUUUUGGGUUUAACUCCAUUCAAAUUGGAUUGUGCUAUCUUCCAAUCGGACUUGGAAGUAUUAGCUCCCGUUGGACCGUUGGGACUCUGCUCGACUGGAAUUUCCGACGGGAAGCGCGUCUCCAGGGUAUGCCGAUUCACAAGAAUCGGCAACAGGACAUUGGGAAUUUCAACAUUGAACGAGCUCGACUGGUGAUUGCUCUGCCCAUGAUCUAUCUCGGGGCACUCUCCAUCCUUGCCUAUGGCUGGGUAAUGCAAUAUCGCACGUCGCUCGCAGGCCCCAUCGUGAUGCUGUACUUCAUGGGCCUCACUACGAGUGGUUCAUUCAAUACAUUGAACACUUUGGUGGUGGAUGUGAAUCACCAGAGUGCUGCUACUGCGGUGGCUGCUAGUAACCUCUGUCGGUGCCUGAUGGGCGCCGGCACUACCGCGUUCGUGGGGCCUCUGAUUGAUGCCAUCGGUAUUGGAUGGACGGGUACCAUCGUGGCUGCUGUCUGGGCCUUGUUCAGUCCUAUGCUGUGGCUUGUCUAUAUCCGAGGGCUUUCCUGGAGGAAAACCAAGGCCGCACAAAAGCAGCAGAGAUUGGAGACCCCAGCCGAGGACGGCCAAAGCCGCUCUGAUCUUGAACAGGGAAGUAGGGAAGAAAAGCCCCAAUCCGGACAAGUUUGA